AUGGGUAUUGACGCAAAGGAAUCAUGCGCAAUAAUAUGGAAAAUCAUUGGGUUCUCGAUGAACACGAGCAUCAAAUUCAUGAGAAACCACCCGGUUUUGACAGGGGUUUCCAUUUUCUUACUCGCGCUAUACAUUCUCCUCCCUUCCUUGUUGUUCUUCUUGAUAUACUCGUCUCCGGUUCUUGCUUGUGCCGUAGUGUACGCUCGAGAGAAGCUGGGAUUGAGAUUCUCUACCUCGCAUAAGCCGUUUCCCUCUCCGGGGCCAAAGAGCACUUGUGGAGGAGGAGAUAAGAAAUGUCACUUGAGACAGCAGCGAAGUGUUCGACGAAAUGCUCGAAUGAAAGUCGAAGAAUGGGAUUCGCAGACAAGCGAGGAAGAGAAGGACAAAGUCAUCUUGACUUCUCUUUACAAUGACCUCCUUGGCCGUACACCGCAUUUCGAGGAGUCUCCAAAAGCAGAAGUAGAGACCCCUGUAGCAGAAGAAGACAAUGAUGAUAAGUCUUUUGCUGAGCAAGAUUCAGGGACGUCUUCUCUAGAUUCCGGUGAUUUAAAACCAAGGGUUUGCAACUGUGAGAUCAAUGAAGACGGUGAAUUUGAUGGUAAAGAAGAGAUGAUGAGCAAUGUUAAUGAACAUGGGAUUUCAGAGAUUGAGAGAAACAGGAGACUAGAGAGUCUAAUCGCUAGAAGAAGAACAAGAAGACUCUUUAAACUAGCUUUAGAUCAACGGAAUAAGCUUCAGGGUGAAGAAACAACUACCCCGACGCAGAGCAACAGCCUUCAAGUUACGGUUCCAAGGAACAAUAACAAUAACCCUUUUGAAAAACGUCGUAAUUAUCCAUGGGAUACUACUGUUACGGGAUUGCAGGUUCCUGGCUCAGCGCCUUCUGUGAUGUUACAAGGGAGAAACCCUUUUGAUAUUCCUUAUGAUCCUCAAGAGGAAAGACCUAAUCUUACUGGAGACAGCUUUGAUCAAGAGUUUUCAUUGUUUAACCAUAAAGAUAUCUUCUUUUGUCGUCAUGAGAGCUUCUGUCGCUUUGCUCUUUUCUCUCCAGAACAUGCUCAGUGCAUGAACAGCCCAGUUGCUGCUUCAGACAUUUCAGCUACUAGGAAACGUUUAGAUUUGGACAAUGAAUAUAUGGAUCAUACUGAACAGAACCUGCCCUGUAAUGGCAAAGAAGCUUCAAUAGAGGUCGACGAUAAUAGCGUUGAGAGUGGGAAAUACGGAGAAAGAGAGGUGGAAAUGAAUGAUGAGACAGAUUCAAACAAAGAAGAAGGUGCUAAUUCAAGUUGUUCAGAAGAGAGUGAGUCGGAACUCAGCCGUUUCAACAACGCAGAGCUCAGGGAAGCUAUAUGCCACUCGAUGGAUAAUUAUCCUGGUUUUCUUGUGAACCAAACAAGAAACACUAUUCCAAGCACAUUGCCUAGAGGGUUAGUAGCGCCUAGACUCGAUGAUAACAAUGUGUUUUAUGCUCGUAGAUGCGCAAAUUCGCACAGUCGAACAUUUUCCGUUGCCUCAGAUAUGCAAGUUGAGGUUUCAGAGGUUGGUUCACCUCCUACGACAGUUGAUUGGCUUGAUGACUGGUCUAAUGGAGGGGAAUCUUACACUUAUGAUACAGAUAUUGACAGAGAAAUCAUCCGCGGUGAAGAAUCGCGCAAGAGGGUCUCUAGCCAAUGUGAAUCAAGAAGUGGAAUUGGAUCAAAAGGAGAGAAUAGUGAGCCAGGGACUAAACCAGAUCAGAAGGGUGUUGCAGAUGAACCCCUUAGAACGAUUGAUGAUAUGUCAUUGUUAGAUAGAAGAAACCAAACUGAAGAAAAUCUUGAGCCUAAGCCUUCUAGUUCUAAUGAUGUGUCCAACCCUACAAGCUCUGGGAAGUUUGAAGGUUUGUUGUUCCAUACAAGUGCGUCAUUGUCGUCUAUAACAGAAGAACCUGAAUCAAUCUUGGACUCGAUCAUUGGGGCAAACUCAGAUAACUGCUUGACUAAAGAAUUAACUGACCAUAUAUCUCUAACUUCUCUAGAUUCAUCCACGAAGAAGUCGAUUGAUGAUGAAGUUGUUGAUGUGCAACAAUUGAAAAAUGAUGAUCUUUGUGGAUCUCCUAAGGUUAUUGGUUCAAAUAUCAUUGACCUUCAGCAGAAAGACCAAAUAUUGAAUAGCAUUCAAGGGGAAUAUGAGUCAACUCAGAGCUUCUCGGGUGCUACUUUGGACACUCCCUGUAUAGAAUCAUCUGAAAGGGAGAUAGAAGAAGAAGAGGAACCAAACUUAGACAAUUUUCCUGAGGAGUUAACAAAACAAACAGACAAUGAGGUACGUCAAAGCGACUUGAAGAGUUCUCCAGGCCAUGUUCUUACAAAAUUACUAGAAAGUGAGGUCAUGGAAGAGAAUGGUCCGGAAAUAGUCAAAAAUAUUGAUAAGAAUGCAAAGCCUAUGGAGCAAGAGAAAACUCAUGACGUCUUGGAAGCAUCUUCGAGCCAUUCUCAUACACAAUUAGUUGAAGACUACGGAAAUGCAGAAAAUGAUAGUGAUGUGAUACUUCUGCAAGUUCAAGACGGUAAUGACUCAAUAUUGGAUGAGUCAACUGAUCAGGAGUUCUCUAAGGAAGGAGACAUUUCCGGGUUAUUGAAAGAGUUUUAUGCUGAAACGAUACAAGAUUGCAACAAUAAAGCCAAUGAUGAGGAAGAAUCAAUAGUUUCAGAAGACAAUCAUAACUCGCAAAGUUCACAACCAUGUACUCAACAGCGCGGUAUAAACUCUUCCGAAGGAAUAUCACCAAGAACAUUGGAGAACACCCAACAACCAGCGCAUGAUGAUGAUAUUGCCCCAAACACCGUCUCUCAAGAUAUUGUUAAAGAUACAUUUUCUGCAGAUGCCAAUGACCCAACUGCUGCUGAAAGUCAUGAUGAAGAGAAUCUGAAACCUGAUGAGCAAGUUGGAGAAGCUAUGGAAAAGGAAUUAGAGCUUAAUUUAGAAUCAAUGGACCAUAAGACUAGUUUAAUCGCUACUGAAGACGAUGAAGAAUCCAAGAAAUUGAUUGGGGCAGUGCACAAAGCAGACACCGAAACAACAAAAGACAGCAACAGAGUCUUAGGUUAG